AUGGCUGAAUUUAAUGUUUCAUACAGGAAGGCUAUGGCAAUGUAUGUACCGCCCGAAACACCUACUUAUGUGCCAACUCAAUCGCCAAUGCCCCGUUUAGGUAAUUUAAAUAAGAUGCCUCAAUUGCCGGAACCUAUCCCAGGAACCAUAAAUAAGUUUUUUAGCAAUAUUUUGCCGGUUCAGGAGAAUUCUACACCAGUUACUUACGCACAGGCCGUGUCAUCGAGCCCCAUUAACAAGAACAAACUGGACAGUCGGGGAGAAAAAUAUGUUCGAAAUGACACAACUAAGAAGAUUAAGAAGAGAAUUCAAGAACCUAAUUUAGAAGAGUAUAUACAUGACGGCAAUAUGUCGACAGAGUCUGAAAGUAGUGCUAAUUUUAUUCCUAAGCCAUAUUGGAAUCCUGAUCUAUCUCACGCUGUUGCAGAGAGACGGCUAGCACUUAAAACAUUUAGACAGAAUUCCACACCGGCUAAUUUAAAUAGAUUGCAGGAAAAAACUCGCAAGGCUCAAAAACUAAUUAGAAACGCUAAAAGUAAAGGAUGGUGGGAAUUUUGUACGUCCUUAAAUGAAAUAUCUUCAGCUUCUGAAAUGUGGAGAAAAAUGCAGUGGUUAAAAGGUUAUAGAUCAGUUAAACCACAAAUUGAAAAAAGUAUUGCUGAGUCAUUAUUGUGCAACUUAACCCCUGACUAUGUAAGUCAACCCUACCCAGGUUACACAUCUCAAAAUCCUAAAUUAGAAACCGAAAUAUCUAGAUCGGAGCUUUAUAAAUGUUUAAAAUCUAAAGACACGUGCCCGGGCACAGAUGAUAUCUCUUAUUCAAUGUUACUUAAUUUACCUAUAGUGGGCCAAAACGUUUUACUCAAUCUUUAUAAUAUAUUUUUUACACAAAGCUUUGCUCCAUACCAAUGGGUCGCCAUUGGGGAAAGUGGAAGUAAAUGGCUAUGCCCAGAGUGCACGAGCAUUAUCCCUAAAGGUGGUAAUUUGAACACGCCAGUACGAGGACCCAAGCAAGUGAAUAAGGAACCAGUUACACCUAGCUACGUCAAUAUCAAGCGAGGUGGCGGCGGCGGUCCGACUACCGUUGAUUCUAUAGUAGUAGAAAAUGAGAUACUGAAAGAGUUAAGAGCGUUGAGAUAUGAUUUUAAUUGUCGACUAGAUAGACAAGCAAAGGAGUACGACCUACUUCAAAAGAGAUUUGUUGUUACGGAAAACGAAUUACAAAAAGUACAAAAGAUUUUGGAGGUAGUUCAAGAAAAAGUAAAUAAAAUAGAUCUUUUAGAGGCUAAUAUUAAAAUAUUAGAAAAGAAAAAGGAAGAACUAGAAUCAAUUUGUAAUAUGGAGAAAAGUCAGCAGUCAGCAGUCCAGCAGCCGGAAAAGUCAGUUUUAACGUUUGCAAAUGUUGCAAAGAAACAAACUCAAAAGAAGGCAGCGGAUAAUAAAAGUGUGGCCAUGAAACCCACGGAGCCGAUUGUGCACAAACAAUGUAUUGUGAUAGAUUCACAAAAUGAUCUAACGGAUAUUACUAUUCAAAAAGAAAAUAAAAUGGAAACUAAAAGAAAAUUAGUGACUACUCGAUCUGGAUCAUCAACAGAUGAUAUUUUUAAACCAAAUUGGUUCGCUUAUGAGCUCAUGGAUAGGUUUCUUGCUCCGAUUUAUGAUAAAUCAGAUACAGUUACUAUUAACACAGAGACUAUGGAGUUUCCUAAUGAAGACAGCAAUCAAGAUAGAAGCUUUUCUAAUGAAGGCAGCAUUCAAAAUAGAAGUUCCACGUCAGCCAAAAAACGGCGAGAAUCAGAAGUCACGGAAGUACGAGCUCAGGUUAAGACAGCUGUAAAUGUCCUAAAAAAUCUCUCCGACCGACCACGAACUGAAGUGGACGAGGUAGAUUUAUACUGUCAACUACUGGCCAAAAAAAUUAAAAAAUUUAAUGAGCAACAAAGGGAGGUUAUAAUGCACGAUAUAGACGAACUUAUUUAUCAGAAGCGAAAUGAGUCUUACUUAAAUAUUAAUAGCCCUGCUCGUAGCAGCACUUACUCGUACGUAAGGUCUACCCCGGAUUCCGUGCGUUUUACACCUACACCGUCCCCUUCAUCACAAAUGUUGGCGUACGAUAUGUCUACCCGAGAUUCCGUACGUUAUGCACCUAUAACAUCCCCUUCGCCUCAAGUGAUGCCAAGCCCGUCAUAUCACGUUGCUGAUGAUUAUAGUGAUUAUACAGUUGUAUCACCAAAUCAUAGCCAAGUAGAAUAUGUGACAGGUUCAUCCACCUCCACCACAUCUACUCCAAAGGUGACAAUUAUAUCAAAUGAUAUUAUCUCUCAGGCAUUUACUCUUUCUCAGAUACAAAAUAAGAAUUGA